CUUAUAUGCUUUACACUCUAUAGAGGGAUGAGGUCCCAAACUCACGCGUCUGAAGCUGUCUGAGAUUUGGCAGGAGCACAGCAGGUGGUGGAUGGGUCUAAUAUUUUGGAAACCUCAGUUAAAGGGAAGAGAUUAUACGUCCCAUUGAGGGAUCUGUAUGACCCAGUGCUCUGGGUCUCUGCCAGGUCUGCCUGUUUGGUGCAGAUGUCUUCUCACUAAAGAGCUCCUGGUGAGGAGUGAAGGCAUCAGACGAACUUGUGUGCAGGAGGAGGAGGAGGAAGAGGGCAGCCUGAUCCCACCCUCCUCUUACCCCAGUCCCUCUCACAGCCCAUCUGUGUCACACACCCUCAGCCAGGGGGCAGCUACCAGAGCGCAUUAGCCAGGGGGCAGCUACCAGACCCCAUCAGCCAGGGGGCAGCUACCAGAGCGCAUCAGCCAGGGGGCUGCACUUUGCUGCACUUCACUUUGGUCUCACUUCAGGGGAUAUCUCAGCUUCAAUCAACAACCAGGCAGCAGGUUGUGGGAAUAGAGCACCUUGCUGGGACCCUUCAGUACUUACUGCCGGAGCCAGGACCUGCACUAUCUGGCCGGACCUUGGAUCCAACACCUCUUGCUUGUAACCCUCAUCCCUAGCGGAGCGUUGCCCUGGAUUUACCCUCCUUACUGUGGUUCUCAGGAUACAGUCCCAGCUCGUUGUUUUCACGCGGAUUUUACGUGUUUGUGGAGUGAUUUUGUUGCGGAGCUUGGAGCGUGGUGUCUGGUCUUCACUUACCGGCUGAGGCGCACGGUUCCCGGCGGAGCUGCAGAGCUCGCCCCGUUGUGUGCUUUGGGGAUGCAUCAUCGGAGCUGAAUGAUGGAGGUUUUGUGGCUUCUGAUCCUCACUGUUAUUCUGAAAGACUGCUGGUCACAGGGAGUGUACGCUCCACCUCAGGCUCAGAUAAUCCACUCCGGGCAGGCCUGUGUAGUGAAGGAAGACAACAUCAGCGAGCGAGUGUACACCAUACGGGAAGGAAACGUCUUAGUUCUGGAGUGUCUGGUAAAGGGGCACCCACGGCCUCAGGUACGAUGGACAAAAACUGCCGGCAGUGCCUCAGAAAAGUUCCAGGAGACGUCUAUCUACAAUGAAACAUUACGCAUUGAGAAGGUUCAGAGAAUGCAGGGAGGUCGAUACUAUUGUAAAGCUGAGAAUGGGGUUGGGGUCCCAGCCAUCAAGUCCAUUCGAGUAGAUGUGCAGUAUCUAGACGAGCCCAUUCUUACUGUUCACCAGACCAUCAGUGAUGUACGAGGGAGCUUCUACCAGGAGAAGACUGUAUUUCUCAGAUGCACCGUUAAUUCCAACCCACCAGCGCGCUUUAUCUGGAAACGUGGCACAGAAAUCCUCUCCCACAACCAGGACAAUGGAGUAGACAUCUAUGAGCCGCUCUACACACAGGGUGAAACAAAAGUUUUGAAGCUGAAGAACUUGCGGCCUCAGGACUAUGCCAAUUACACGUGUCAAGUGUCUGUACGGAAUGUAUGUGGAAUCCCCGAUAAAUCCAUCACUUUUCGUCUCACUAACAGGACAGCCCCUCCAGCUCUGAAGAUGUCUGUUAAUGAGACUUUGGUGGUUAACCCUGGAGAUAAUGUCACUAUACAAUGUUCUUUAACUGGGGGUGAUCCUCUACCUCAGGUGGUCUGGUCACACUCACCCAACCCCAUGCCACAAAACAGCAUCAGCAAAGGAGGAAACCUCACUAUCUGGAGGAUUCGCCCAGAAGACUCUGGCUACUAUAACUGCACAGCGAUCAACAAUGUAGGGAACCCAGCAAAGAAGACUGUCAACCUCCUUGUGAGAUCUAUGAAGAACAUCACGUUUCAGAUAACACCAGACUUAAUCAAGGAAAGCGAGAGCAUCCAACUGGAGCAGGACUUGAAGCUCUCGUGCCACGUGGACGCCGUGCCCCAGGAGAAGGUGGUGUAUUCGUGGUUCAAGAAUGGCAAGAGCAUCAAGCCCUCUGACCGGCUACUGAUCUCUAAGAAUGACCCAGAACUACCUCCGGUCACUAGCAGCUUGGAGAUCAUAGACCUGAAGUUUACAGACUAUGGUACCUAUCUGUGUGCAGCAUCAUUUCCUGGACCUCCGACCCCAGAACUGAGCAUUGAGGUCAAUAUCUCUGCAGAAACAGUUCCCCCAACACUCAGUGUACCCAAAGGACAAUCAAUAAUCACAGUACGAGAAGGGUCCAGAGCCGAGCUGCAGUGUGAAGUGAGAGGGAAGCCAAGACCCCCAAUUUUAUGGACCCGAGUGGACAGGGAGGGACCAUUGCCUUCAGGUGAAAUAGUGGCUGAGACUUUUGAUGGAAAGCUGAAGCUGGACAAUGUGACUCGGGACAUGACUGGCACCUACAAAUGUCAAACAGCAAGAUACAAUGGCUUUAACAUCCGGCCCAGAGAAGCUUUGGUUCAGUUGAAUGUACAAUUUGCACCGGUUGUAGAGCCAAAAUUUCAGGACAUCCGCCAGGCUAUGGAGCGUAGCGUUACCUUGAGGUGCACGAUGCUAAAGGGCAGUCCCGUCAAAGUAGCUACAGCUGUAUGGAGACUUAACAGGAACCUGUUGAGUUCUCCAGUAACAGAACAACAGGAAUACUCUGAGCUGAAGAUUAACAGCCUGACACGUGAAGCAAGUGGCACCUAUGAGUGCACCAUAUCCAAUGACGUGGGAUCUGAUGUUUGCAUCUUCCAGGUGACUGGGAAAGCCUACAGCCCAGAAUUCUACUAUGAUACUCCCACCCCAAUCAAAACCUACCGGCAAUAUAACAACUACUCAUUCCUUCUCCAGUGGACCCAGAAAGAGCCAGGGGCUGUGGAUCCAGUUAUUAGCUACAAGCUGGAAGUUCGGCAACAGAAGUUACGGAGUGUUAUUUCCAAGAAUAUCCCGAUCCGUGACACACAGAAAGGUUUUCUUCACCAGUUUCUUAUCACCAACCUAAGAAUUCCACUUAGCUAUGAGGUCCAACUCACUCCGUUCACCAUCUAUGGAGCAGGUGACCCUGCUACUAGAAAACUGCAAUACACAGAGCCGAUUAUCUAUCCGAAUCCCUCUGAUAACACAUGUCGGUUUGAGGAUGAGAAGAUAUGUGGGUUUUUGCAGGAUGUGAUGGACAACUUUGAUUGGACUCGUCAAAAUGCAAAGACACAGCAUCCCAAAAGAACGGCGAAUACCGGACCCACUAGAGACAGCAGCGACACAGAAGAAGGUUAUUACAUGUUUAUUGAAGCUUCUCGACCUCGAGUCAAUGGAGACAAAGCCAGACUUAUCAGCCCCAUGUACAAUGUGACCAGCAGAUCUCCAUUCCACAAAACAUCCUACUGUGUGUCCUUCUACUACCAUAUGUACGGGAAGCACAUAGGUCUCCUGAACCUCCUGGUCCGAGUUAAAAGUUCCGUGGAGACACAAGUGUGGACUCUCAGUGGUAACCAAGGAAACAAAUGGAAACACGUUACUGUCCCCAUCUAUCCAUCAGGACCUUUCCAGAUCAUUUUUGAAGGUGUGAGGGGCUCCGGCAUGGAAGGAGACAUCGCCAUUGAUGAUGUCACUGUAAAAAAAGGAGAUUGUCCGAGGAAGCAAAUCAAUCCAACUAAAGCAGUUGCACCUCCUGGCAGUGCCGCUUCUACGGUCCUUGCCAUCUCCCUAUACUGGCCAUUGUCUUUCAUCCUGUUUAUGCUGCUGAGAUGAUACUAAGCCGCUGCCGAUGUAUUCAAACCAGGCUCCCCUACCUUGCGCCUAUUGCGUCUCCUCCCUUCCUCCUCCCUCACCGGCACACCAAAGUGUCCAGAUGUUACCAAAGACCGGCAAGCAUGACUGCUUGAAGGACCCAAAAACAGACUGGAAGGGUUCCUUUGAGAAGGUCAUCGUGUCUACAAUACAACUUAUGGGAGAGAGAAAUAAGGAAAGGAAUAUUAAAGAAAGCAAGAGAAGAAAAAAGAACGAGAGAGAAAGAAGAGGGGGAAAACAAAUGUUUUUAAUGCUGACUUUUUCUGGAAAAAUGACUUGAGAUCCACAUGCAAGACGUGUGGCCAAAAAAGCAAACAAAUAUUAAUGAACAGACAUUGAUGGAAAUAUAAGCACAAAUUUUUAUCUGAACUAUACUGUGGAGACCGUGGCUGGUAGAAUGUUAAUCUGCUCUGCACUUUUACAGAGUAGAUGUCAUAUGGAAGAAGUUCCAGCUGCUGUAUUUAGAUUUUAUAAGUAGAUCCCUUGUGUGCUGCUCAGAUUCAUAUACUCUCAUAUAUACUCACUACGGUUGCAUGUGCUUCCAUAGCUACAUAGCCAUGAAAUCAUUUAUAUCAUUGGUCAUUGACCCCAUCAUUUUAUUUUAUUGUUGAUGGGUCCACCGGUGAAUCUGCAGUACAAUCUCUUUUGGGUCCUUUUACAUCAAAAUUAUAGAGACUUGACAGAAGAGAAAUGUAGUCAUUUAAUAACCCUUUACCCCAUACAUGCUUGGUUGUUAUCCACCUGGCCAAGUCUUCCCUUCACACAUAUUCUAGUUGAGAUUCAUGUCAUAUAGACCAGACUACACCAGCUUCUGUGCCCAAUUCUCCACUGGUCAAUAUGGCCAAAGAAAACAUGGUAGAAAUACAAGGGGUUGGUGCCUCCUAAUUAUUUAUAUCGUAAUGGUUUAUUUUUUUUAUAACUGCAUCUGAUCAAGAUAUUAUUAUAUAUUUUCCUGCAUCUGAGACAUUGGCAUAAACAUGAGGACUGGUACGCUCCUUAAAUCUGUCAUAAUUGCGUCCAGAGAAUACUUUGCUAUUUUAUUUAGAUGGUUGAGAACCGUCCACACCUUCUCAGAAUCUCUUCCUUACAUGGAAUCAAGGAAGUUCUCAGAGUACUUAUACCAGUAAAAUGAUAUUUAGGAAACUGUUACCAAAAUCUAAAAGUUUUAAAUAAAGUAGUAAUCUUUUUUAAAA